AUGUCCGCUAUCCAACAACAGGUCGAGCAGGCUUCGGCCCGCUACUCGUCCUCGUUUACGCAGGGACAUCUGGCGCUGCCGCCCGCGAAGAAAUACCUCGUCCUCACUUGCAUGGAUGCCAGGAUUGAUCCCGUUCGGGCGUUUGGCAUCGGACUUGGUGACGCCCAUGUCAUCCGCAAUGCCGGUGCAUCCGCGCGCGAUGCUUUGCGAAGCAUCAUCAUCUCGGAGCAGCUGCUGGGCACGCAGGAGAUCGUGCUCGUCAAGCACACGGGCUGCGGGAUGUUGACGUUCAAGAACGACGAUGCUUUUGGGCUCGUGGAGAAGAAUCUGGGUGACGAUGCGGCUGCCGAGUUGAAGUCGAAGAAUUUUGAUUUCCUUCCUUUCCCGGAACUGGAUCGUGCGGUGGAGGAUGAUGUGAGGUAUAUCAAGGGGAGCAAGCUGAUCCCGGAUAGUGUGACUGUGAGCGGGUGGGUGUAUGAGGUUGAAACCGGGAAGACGAGGCGUGUUGUGUGA